CGCUCGCCACAGCAGUCACUAGUCACUCUCGAUAUCACAGUGCUGUAAGCACUGGUUCCAUUCACAUCAGCUUCGAACAGCACACACACACGUUGUUUCGGACCUACAUAUACAUACAACUUACCUCGAGCUGUUAUUGUUUGAUCCGAUACCACGAUGAGCAGUCCAGGAGUACCUACUACCCAAAACUCUCCUUACUCCUCAUACUUCAGGCGCCGUACCAUCGGUCGUGCUUCCUCUCCUCCAACCUGGGCUUGCUAUGAACAAAUCCCAUCUGACGAUGAUGAUGAAGACUACAAUGACAGUCCUUCCGAAGAUGAGUCCUGCUCAGAAGACGGAGAAGACUACAGCCAUCAUGACCGUGGUUCUGAUGGAGAUCUUGCCGUAAAUACUGAGAGGCAGGAUGACACGCAAAACAUGGAGAUCGAUCGAGGUGAUCAAGGAGUUGACGAUGAGAAGAAUGCUGCCAAGUUUAAGAAGGAUAUGAAGGGCAAACAGAAAGCACUUGAUCCUGAGGUAGAGCCAACAAAGAAGCAUUAUCGCAAGCGAGAGCGCCGGCCGACCUAUACACUUCGUCCAAUCUUGACUAUUCAGAAGAGUCAAGGUUUUGUAUGGAACCAGGAUCUAUUCGUUCCCCCUUACAUUAAAGAUAGAUACGUUGCAUCUACAUCACCACCAAGCUCGAAAGGGUUUUCCAGCUCUUGGACGUCAAAUACAUCUUCGAUGACCGAUUACAGCGAGGUAGAAGUGGUAGAGAUUCGGGUCAGAGAUGGCGAACUCUAUGAUAUUAUUCCUUGAUCGACAUCCUACCCUUUCCGUUACUCCCCGUCAAAUCAGCGACGACCUCACUCUGGAAAUAUCGCAUUUCUUUGUAUCUUGCAUAUCACGAACUUGUUUCCCUUCCCAUGUCGUUCCAUUACUACAUCAUUGCCCUUACUCUCACUGCGUACUAAACUUCGUUUCCGUGUUUUAAUAACGACUGUUAGACUCCUAUAUAUAUACAAUGGUUCAUGAUCCUUUUACCCUUCGCAUUUCAG